UACGCGAACGGCUGUAGCGGCAGUUGCCAUCCGAACGUCGUGCGCGAAACAUAUGUGUCGUUCCGUCCGCUACGCGUGUCAACUUAUUCGUUCGCGUUGUUCUAUGUCGUAUUAUAAUAAAACGAUUACGGGGUGGAAGAAAUAAGGCUUCCUUACGCGAUUUUUAUUCGUUUUGUGAGAGUUUUUCUUUUUUUUUCUCUUCAAUCGUUAAUAUAAUCGACCGACGUUUAUUAUUUAUUCGAUAAAUUACACGGAGUUAUAUACGUAAAUAAUUCAUUAUAUUGAUUAAUAAAAGAAGAAAAAUACAAAACAGUGAACAUUGGUUGAGUGACCGGAAAGUGUUUUUUCAAAUUAUUUUGUGUUCGAAUCGAGUAAGUUAAAAAGAAGCGUCAUGGAGUCUCCAUGACAACGAUCGCUUCUUUUUCGGCGUUUUUUCAUGGCCGAUUGGCACCCGCAUUAGUAAUAGUGACCUGAAGUUUACUUCGAUCUGAAGAAAAAAAAAACCGCCAGAUAUUUUCAAUCGUUUAAUUUUGGGAAUAGAAUAAUCAUUUCGAAGAGGAUAUUAUAGAAUAAAAAAAGUGUGUGCAUGUGGUGGAAGAAAUUGAUGCAAGGGAGGAGGACAUUGUAACACUUGUUUUGUGGAUUGUGUCAGAGUUGUGACCAGACAGAAAAUGUCGAGGCUAGAAAGUUAUCGCUGAUCCUAAGGACGAAGGACCUUAGGCAGCCCUUCCCCAUCCCUUCCAAUCCUCCCCCCAGAUAGGUCGUCGGACUCGGCGCUGUUCCACGAUGAGCGCAUCACUGAGGAUUUUGGCGUUGAUCGGCUUAGCCGCGCCAAACGUGGCUUGGCCACAGGAUCCCGUUCCUAGAAUUCACGUCAAGCAUCGUGAGGUGAUUGGACAAAGAUUUCUAGGAAACGAAAGCCACGUGGAACACUUCAAGUUACUGGAACGUGUGUCAACUUCAAUCUUGAUCGGGGCAAGAAAUGCCAUUUACAACAUAAGUCUUCACGAUCUCACGGAAAUCAUCGAUCAGAGGUUCCAGUGGUCCAGCAGUUAUGCGCACAAAGAAUUAUGCAACUUGAAGGGUCGCAGCGACGACGAGUGUCAAAAUUAUUUGCGUGUGUUUGGUAGACAAAGUCCAAAUAAGGUUCUCGUUUGCGGCACGAACGCUUACAAACCGUUAUGCAGGCAAUUCACGAUCAAGGAUGGCACUUAUACGUUAAACAGCGAAAUGGAAGCUUUGGGUCUUUGUCCUCACGAUCCAAGACACAACAGUACAGCUGUAUUUGUUGAGGGACAAUUAUACGCUGCGACAGUUGCGGAUUUCACUGGAGGUGCGCCCCUUAUCCUAAGGGACAAGAUACGAACGGAACGAUCUGAUUUAAAUCAAUUGAAUGGACCAAAUUUUGUCAGCUCGUUCGCUUACGAGGAUUACGUUUUCUUUUUCUAUCGUGAAACUGCUGUCGAGUACAUGAACUGUGGCAAGGCAGUCUAUUCGCGAGUUGGUAGAGUUUGCCAGCAUGACAAAGGCGGUCCUCAUGCUUUCAGCGACAGAUGGACAAGCUUCCUGAAAGCCAGACUUAACUGUUCGGUACCUGGAGAAUAUCCGUUCUACUUCAACGAAAUACAAUCAACGAGCGAAGUAACUGAAGGAUUAUAUGCUGGUAAUCGUACAAGAUUGGUAUAUGGUGUAUUUACAACACCUGUAAAUUCCAUUGGUGGUUCAGCAAUCUGCGCAUUUUCAAUGAGCAGCGUACUCGAAGUCUUCCAAGGUCCAUUCAAAGAACAAGAAACGAUAAACAGUAACUGGCUAAGAGUACCAACAGAAAGGGUGCCUAAACCAAGACCUGGUACUUGCGUUAACGAUUCUAGAACACUCAAAGAUACCAUCGUCAAUUUUGUUAAAGCUCAUCCACUAAUGGAUGAAGCUGUUCAAUCCUAUUUCGCAUUGCCUGUGAUAACCAAAGUCAGUUUCAAUUACAGAUUUACCAAAGUUGCUGUAGAUUCGCAAGUGAAAGCUUUAGAUGGCAAGGCCUAUGAUAUACUUUACGUUGGAACAGACGACGGUCGCGUGCUGAAGGCAUUGAACACCCGUUCUCCGGAUUCUGUUACCGACGUUAAUCAGGUCAUUGUUAGCGACGUCCAAGUGCUGAAAUAUGGACAAGCAGUGAAGGAUCUAUUAGUGGUGCACUUAGCAGGUGAAGCCAGUAAAUUGGUUGUGUUUGCGGAUUCGGAGAUACGCGCAGUACCACUUCAUCAUUGCGAUUCACCAUUGGCUGCUAGUUGUGCGGCAUGCGUAGCACUUCAAGAUCCACAUUGCGCAUGGGACGCUACAACAAAUCUUUGCGUUGCUGUACCAACUAAACUUCAUGAUAGUGAUGCUGAUAAAACCCUAUUUCAAGAUAUCCUUAUGGGAAAACACAAAGGGUGUGGUUACGAGCAAGAAAUGGCGAAACCCAUGCAACCAGCCGUACCGCCCGAAAUUGGGCGCGGAGAACAACCCGACGAACGAGACAAUGAAAUUGUCAUCGAGCUGGACCGAGAAAAUCAGUACGGUCGUACACAACCAAGAGCUAACGAACCUCAAGGAGUAAUCGUGACACCUGUGGUUUACUCGGCACAAACGUUAACCGGUGCAUUAAUAGGAACCUGUCUAUUCUCAUUGGUCGCUGGUUUUGCAUCUGGUUUUUGGUUUUCCCAAAGAUUACGCGGUACACCAUAUCCAGAACCAUCCGAACAACGUCAACAAUUAAAUCGAUUAACGGAAAGUUCCGAAUCACCUGGAUUCAACAAUAAAUCGAUCAAUCUCGUAUUAAAUGUACCACCUAAAAACCCAAAUGGUAAAAAUGCUAAUUCAUCGGCUGAGAACAAACCAGUGCAAAAGGUUAAGAAGACGUAUAUAUGAUAUAGAAGACGACAAAGGGCCGUUUGAGGCUUAU